GUUCUCACUCCCCUUCGCGUUCAUAAGCUAAAGCUGCAAAUCUAUUGUAUCAGUUUAAUUUCCUCUGAUUGAGAGCGCCAUAGGGUUUUUUGCAUUGUCAACUUGUAAAUUUGUAACCUUGGACAUGGCGUGUGAAAAAUGAGCGGUAAGGAAUCAUUUGUUAUUCGCCCAACACUCGUUAACACCUGCAGCUCCCGUAGAUUUUCAACAAUGGCUUUAAUUAAAAUUCUUGCCAGUAGCAGGAAAGAGACGCAAUUUGUAAUGUAUUUUGUUGGCGAGGAACGUCGACGUCUUCAAGUCGCUUAAUAAUACAUUUCUGGUACAUCUGAUCUCACACCUUUCUUAAGUUUUGACUCCUUUGCAGGAGAUCUGGCGAUUUUCCGAUCAUAAUUUUGCACUGGAGAAUUCGCUUAACGACGCCACGUUAAUAACCAGCGUGGAUUGGUAGAACUUGGUAGUUUAUUGCAUCGAAGGCUAUUUUUUAAAGCGAUUGAUUUACAACGACGUGUUUUGACUGUCGGGAGGCAUUAGAAACUGAAAUGUGCUAUAACUCAACAUCUUUCAUCAACUCAAGUGACUGUUACGAAACAGUACCUCUUGUAAAAGAACCCUCAUUUGGCAAGGUUUAUCGACUGGUAACCACUAUUCUGUUCAGCGCCAUCCUUGUUGCAAGCCUGGCCGGCAACAGCCUGGUUAUUUUUACAAUCCUUCGACAGAAAAGCAUGAAAACUCCAUGUAAUUAUUUUAUCAUGAAUAUUGCUCUCGCAGACCUCGGUGUUGGGCUGAUCGCGGCACCCUUACGUAUUCUGGAAAUAUUUACCUCCUGGCCAUUUGGAGAUUUUAUGUGCCGCUUUCUGUGGCCGAUCCAAGAUGUUUUUGUGUGUGUGUCCGUUCUCACUCAUACUACGAUUGGCCUUGAGAGAUACAGGGCUAUCGUCAAACCUUUUAAUCCAAAAAUAUCUUUGCGGAAAACCAGAGUUAUCAUUACUAUUUUAUGGUUAGGAUGUUACAGCGCCAGCGGAAUACCACAAGCCUUUUUAUUGGAACUGAUCGAAGUUUUGCCAGGCUGGAGAAUUUGCUCGCUUCAAUGGCCUUCGCAGAUGUUCCGUCGCUGUUACAUCGCGUAUCUAGUCCUUGUUUUUAUAAUGGUUCCACUGGCUGUUCAAACCUGUUGUUACAUUAAGAUCAUCACUGUUUUAAAUAGGAAAAGAGAAUUUGGGGCAUCUACUCGCAUCGUUUCCAAGAACAGCGACGAACAUGAGAGACGGAAAAAAAAUAAGCGGCGUCUUAUUCGGAUGUUGCUCACGAGUUUGGUUAUCUUUCAAUUCUGCUAUCUCCCUCGCGGUACUUUGAUGGUUAUUCUCGAAUUCCAGCCAGUUGAAGUUAUAAGGAGCAGCCGGACUAUCGCCUAUGCAGAUUUAAUUUGCCUAGUUCUGUACUACUGCAAACAUGUUGUAAAUCCUGUUAUUUUGUUUCUAAUGAGCGCUGAUUUUCGAAAAGCGUUUGUAGCCAGUAUGACGGAGUGUGUCGGAAAGCCAGAUCACAGUCUCUUUAGUCAACGGGAAAGCAUCGGCCCAGAAUCGCUUCAAGAAGCGUCGGUUUAGAACGAGUCGUUGAUCGAAUAUUUUGAUUUUGUUUUCUUUCGGUUGAGAUAAUUUGUAGAAAAUCGCGAGAAAUUCCCGAUGGGAAUGAAGGUAAGCGUUUUGACUGGGGCUUGCUCACUGUAAGUUCAGUAUUGUUCGAAGAAUGAAUGUCGCCAUGACUGUACUCUGAUGUGAAGAAAAGGUCCAGAGGAAAUGGCGGCUAAAACUGGCAUUUCUAAUGAUUUCUAGUACACAUAUUGUCUCAUGCUUUUAUGCGCGAGUACUGCAAGCUCCGUCGCGAUGUUUUCGAUUCGCGCGAAUUUUUUUUACGAACGUUUUAAAAAAUUGAUGGAGGAGAAUUUUUGAAAGUUAUACACAGCUGUCUCGAGUUGUGCCAACCCCCUUGUGCUUGAAUAUAAAAAUAAAGUGUAUAACAAAAAUAUGUGAAGAAUAAAUUUUUUCGAGAGGUAUUCCACUUUUAAGGAAACUAAGCAAAUUAAAUUGGCCACCAAACAUGGAAUGAGGCAUUCUAUAGGGCCUCUUAGAUGCUAUAAUGAAAUCCAGGAACAAAUUUCUAAAGCAAGUAUGUGAAUCAUUCAAGGCCUGUGCCACUUACACUAUUGUAUUUAAUCCGCACGUCUAAAGUGUUUCUCUCUCAAUAGAAAAAAGUUUUCUUUUAUUUGCAGACAGAACUAUGAGACAAAGUUUUCGCGUGAAAACAUGUCGAUAACAUAUGGAAUCUUCUUAAUUAUAAAUCGCUUCAUCGAAUAUUUGCAAUUUAUUG